GUCUCAGCGAAACAGAGUUCGCUGUCGAAACGUUCAGCCCGCCGCCCUCAAAGAAAAGGACGUCAAAUCUCGAAGAAAAGCUGCAAGACACCACACCGCGACGCUCAUCGCAAAGUCAAAACUUUACUGUUUUAGCCUCUUAUCCGAGGAGGCGCCGCCGCCGCCGCCACGGUCCGUCCCCAGGAUGAGCCUGCCCCCACCGCCGUCGUCAACCUCCUCCGCCAUGAUCUCCGCCGAGGAAGCGCUCCGCAUCGUCCUCAGCGUCGCCGAGCGCCUGCCGGCGGUCACCGUCCCGCUCCACGAAGCCUUCGGGCUGGUCUUGGCCGAGGACGUCCGCGCCCCCGAUCCUUUACCACCGUAUCGAGCAUCCAUCAAGGAUGGUUAUGCCGUAGUGGCUUCAGAUGGGCCUGGUGAAUAUCCAGUAAUUACUGAAUCAAGAGCUGGAAAUGAUGGCAUUGGCGUGACAGUCACUCCUGGAACUGUUGCAUAUGUGACAACUGGAGGACCGAUACCCGAUGGUGCUGACUCUGUUGUGCAAGUUGAGGAUACUGAAAAAGUGACUGACAGUGCAGAUGGCUCAAAGAGGGUCAAGAUAUUGGUUAAAGUACCCACAGGACAUGAUAUCCGUAAUGUGGGAUUUGACAUUGAGAAAAAUGCCACAGUAUUGAAGUUGGGAGAGCAAAUAGGCAGUCCUGAGAUUGGUCUGCUUGCUACUGUUGGAGUCACAAUGGUGAAGGUGUACCCUAGACCAACUGUUGCAGUGCUUUCUACAGGUGAUGAGCUCAUAGAGCCAGCAACUCAAACUCUAAGCCGUGGCCAGAUUAGAGAUUCUAACCGUGCUAUGCUACUAGCAGCUGCUAUGCAGCAGCAAUGCAAAACCGUUGAUCUUGGUAUUGCUAGAGACAAUGAAGAAAAUAUAAAUAAGAUUCUAAAUGUGGCUGUUGAUUCUGGUAUCGAUAUACUUUUAACUUCUGGUGGUGUUUCCAUGGGAGAUAGGGAUUUUGUUAAGCCUUGUUUGGCAAAAAGGGGAAUCAUUCAUUUUGAAAAGGUACUUAUGAAACCUGGGAAGCCCCUGAUGUUCGCACAGAUUACUAUUAAGUCAAAAGAGAACAAACUUGCUAAGACAGUCCUUGCAUUUGGUUUGCCAGGAAAUCCUGUGAGCUGUUUGGUUUGCUUCAAUCUUUUUGUGGUCCCUGCAAUUCGGCAUCUUUCUGGUUGGUCAAAUCCACAGCUGCAGAGAGUGUCUGCACGCCUUGCACAGCCUAUAAGGACAGACCCUCAUCGUCCUGAGCAUCACCGUGCCAUAAUAAGAUGGGAGCUUGAUGAUGGAUCUGGUGGGCCUGGUUUUGUUGCUGAGAGCACUGGCCAACAAAUGAGCAGCCGUCUUCUUAGCAUGAAGUCUGCAAAUGCCUUGUUAGAGUUGCCUGCAACUGGGAAGAUACUCACAGCUGGAACUUCUGUUAGAGCUAUUCUGAUUUCAGAUAUAAGCAGUUUUCCUCAGAGUAAGAUGGCUGAUGGCAUGACAUCUGUAUCACUUCAUCAAGGAUACAGUAUUCAAAGUAAUAUCACAACUACACAACCAGCUUCCACAUCUCAAGAAUUGAAGGUUAAAGUAGCAAUUCUUACUGUGAGUGACACUGUUGCAUCAGGUGGUGGCCCUGAUAGGAGUGGCCCAAGAGCGAUCUCUGUUGUGAACUCUUCUUCAGAGAGUCUGGGAGGAGCACAUGUGGUUGCUACAGCUGUAGUUCCUGAUGAAGUAGAUAAAAUCAAGGAUGUGCUACAAAAAUGGAGUGAUAUUGAUAAAGUUGACCUCAUUCUAACUUUAGGUGGAACUGGCUUUUCACCAAGAGAUGUUACACCUGAAGCUACAAAGGCUUCAAUAGAGAAAGAGUCGCCUGGUCUUGUGCUUGUGAUGCUCCAAGAGGGUCUCAAGGUAACACCAUUUGCAAUGCUCUCUCGGGCUGCAGCUGGGAUCAGAGGAUCGACAUUGAUUAUCAACAUGCCUGGUAAUCCAAAUGCUGUUGCUGAGUGCAUGGAGGCCUUGUUGCCGGCACUUAAACAUGCCUUAAAGCAGAUAAAAGGGGAUAAAAGAGAGAAGCAUCCUCGCCAUAUUCCACAUGCUGAAGCACAACCAGUGGACCAAUGGGAGCGUAGCUUUAAGGCUGCAACUGCUGGUUCAGAAUGCUCAUGCUCCCAUUGACACUCAUCAGGCAGAUCGACUGCAUAGAAUUUUGCCGCCAUUUCUUGUUAAAGACUUCUGUUGAAGGGGCAAAUCAAUGAUGAUGGAGGAGCAAAACAUUGAUGUGUAGGCCAUGUAAUUACCAGUUGCAUGGAGAGAUCCUUUGAUGGCAAGUAAUCCUGCAUAGUAAACAAAUGUACUUAUGUGACUUGAGGCCAUAUCUUGGAGGACCCCUUCAUUGUAUUUAAUGGAAAGGGGCAAUGGUUUCAUGUUGGUUGACACCCUUCUGGAGGGUCUUGUGUUGCUUGGUCUUUUGUAUGUUGAUCAAUUUAAGGAAAUGCUUGCAGUAACUUUUGCCAGAGCA